CCAGCACGUCCUAGCACGAAACUGCUUGCCUGCGCUAGUGCUGUACAGGAAGUGGUUAUUGGAUGAAAUCAAAGAAGCAAAGUCUCUAUUCUCUGGGAAAACUGCUCCGGUAUUCGGAAUUUGCGUUCGACUGAAUUUGGUGUGUACAUUUUCUGCGUUUUCAUAACAAUGAAUGAGGCCACACAAAUCCUUUUCUCAUUGCUGAUCCUUAACUCAGCGGUCCAUGGCUUUUCGGAGGUACCGACCCCAGCCAACGUGAGCAUCUUGUGUCAUAACUUUGAAACGGUUGCCCACUGGAACUACCCGGAGCCUUCCCUGAAACCACGCUUCUUCGUCACUGUUAACGGCUACAGAGGGGGGGCCAAAGAGGUCGAGAAAUGUUUCAACAUCACCCACCAACACUGCAACAUAACCCACCUGAUAUUACUCUCCACCGAAGACAGUUACUUUGUCACUGUGACUGCUGCUGUUGGAUCAAAUAAAUCGGCAGGCGAAGAAUCUCAAGAGUUCACCUACAACAAAAACAUGGUUGAACGUAUUCUCUGUACACUGGAUUUCCCCCCUGUGAACCUGUCCAUCUCGGAUGGUGUUAUGGCCGUGUCAUUUACCCAUCCCUUCCACAUCUACAGAGGAGCCCUGGGGAAGAAGAAGAAGAAGGAUGUAGAUUUUAGCUACAGCAUCUUCACUGAGGAAGAAGGGGAAAUAAAGGAGAGUAAAUUCAACUGCGAGACUAAAGAGUGCCGGGAAAAUGUUCCGGUCCCCGAAUCGGAGGUCAGGCACUGCGUGGAAAUAAACGGGAGGCUGGACAGCUUCUUCCUCACAGCCUCUGAGAAAAACUGUUACGAUCCACGGAAGAACGCCGGCAUGAAUUCCACUUACAUCAUCCUCUUCGUGGCGAUUGGUGUUCUAGUCGCGGUUUUCCUGGCAGGGAUUGCGAUGGUGGUGUUCAGGAAGCUGACGCGAGACAGCUCCUCCCUUCCCAAGAUGAUGGCGUCGGUGAUCUCACAGUCGCGCAUCGGCGGGAACACCAUGCAGCCCGAAAGCACCAGCGUGUCAGAGGUUCAGGUCAGCCCCUCCGGGACCACACCCCUGCUGCCAACCGCCGAGGACAUCGCAGAGGACAAGCCCGUCGUCACGGGGAGCACCAUGCCUCUGGACAGAUCCCGCUUCCCCAUUGGUGAGGAGGGGGGCAGCGGCGGGCUGACGGAAUCCUGCGAAGGGUCGGGGCAGCAGUUCUCGGGGAGUGGGGAGGAGCAGGAGCACAGCAUCGUGUCCUCCGGCUACGACCGGCCCAAGUUCACCGUGGAGAUUAGCCCAGGGGAUCAUGCCGAGGCGUACAGGUCUGCCCAGGCCUGAGCGUGGAGGCCCAGGGCAAGCCGCCAAACGAAGCUGUUAUCGUCACCAAAACUGACUGUUUCAGACACUGCCUGUGCUUCCCUCACAAAGUUCUCUCGCAAAGACUAUCCCUCCUCAUCGUAUUUAGUGGUUCUGUGUACCCAUUUCCAUCUGAAGCUGUAGCAUAGGGACGUAGAAUUCAUUGCAGUGUGCUGAGCUGAACCUGUGAUGUGAUGUUUGUGCCUUCAGCUGCAUGUGGUGCUACAGUGCCCUAGAAAGUUUGCUGCAAAGAUCAAACCUCAGUGCUGAUUUAAACUGAUACAGACUCAGAGAGGGACGCAGGAGUUAAAUCUUGGACUUUGGUUUUCAUACUGGUCUGUAGUUUUGUUGCACUGGAGUCUUGCGAUUAAGACUGAAACAAAGUGAAAUAAAAAGUGUAUAAAUCAUUUCUUUUGUACUUCACAUUGGCCAAAUUCUAAGCAGCUUAUUUUAGGUCACAUGAGUUACUUUACAGCUGAUAGAUUCUGCUGACAACUGAUGACUUUUCUGUGAUUUUGUGUAAAUUAGUUUUGUUUUUUUUUUGUUUUUUAGUUGUGUAAAUAAUUAACCAUGUCACAAUCCAAAGUCUGAAUUAAUGCCUUUACCACAUUAUUACUAAAUCUGUCACUAGAAAGUGACUUGAAAAAUCAUUAAGGCUUUGCAAAUAUAUGUUGGUUUUGUUUCUUGUUUCACUUUUUUGUGUAUUCUUUGUAUUUUGAUUUAAA